AUGGGGAGAAGAUUCAGACAAAAGAGGGGAAGAAGACGAAGAGGUGGUAGGAUACAAGAUAAUAUAGAUUUGAGGGGAGGGAAGGAGAAGACUACAGUUGGAGGACUGAGAAGAGGAGAAGAAAGGAGAAGAAGCAAAUUAAGAAAGAGCACUGAUGAGGGAGAAGCUGUCUUUGGGAAAAAAGAGUUUGAGAGAAAAGAUAGGAAGAAACACAGUCUACAUCGUGUGCAGCGCCAUGUAGCACCAGGAAAGCAGGCUGUCUUUCGAUGGUCACAAAUAAAGCAAACUCAGAUUCCUCGAGGAUGGAUCCACACCAAUACCUCCACCGAUUCAAUGUAUCUUGACUUUGAUUAUGCCCUCCUUGAGCUGAAACACCCUGUCAAGCACAAGCACAUGGAGUUGGGGGUGGCGCCAACUUUACGAUCUUUUACACGAAUUCACUUCUCAGGUUAUGACACAGACAAAAGCCUGUCAGACGGGAGUGGAAAUCGGAAUGUGGUUUAUCGCUUCUGCUCAGUGACAAAGGAGUCAGACGAUUUGAUGUAUCAGCACUGUGAUGCUGAACGUGGUGCAGCAGGCGCAGGGGUGUAUAUCCGUCUAAGAAUGAAACCCAAACAUAAGGGUGGGAAAUGGACAUGGCAAAGGAGGGUUAUUGGGGUGUUUUCAGGCCAUCAGUGGGUGGAGGUGGAUCGGGGUGAGCAAAGGGACUUUAAUGUGGCAGUAAGGAUCACACCUCGCAAAUAUGCCCAGAUCUGCCACUGGAUGUAUGACAAUUCAGCUUUCUGUAGAGCUGAGGUUUAA